UACGUCUGUAAGGUCCAGCAGUGUGACUGUCAAGUUUGAGAAUGCUGCAAGCUCCUGGGAAAGUGGGAAGUUUUGUUUCUACAAGGAUCUAAUUCUCGGUUCAAUGAAUUUAUUAUUGAGAUGUAGUAAUGAGGUGGCUUCUGUUGUGGAUUCUAACAGUCGCCAGUAUUCAUCAGGCUAUGUCCCAGAACUCCACUGCCAUGCCUCCCGCUGUCACCGCAGUGGACCCUUAUAACCGCACGCAGUACUGCAAGUGGCCCUGCAAGUGCCCCAAGAGCCCGCCAGACUGUCCGCUGGGGGUCAGCCUCAUGAUGGACGGCUGCGACUGCUGCAAGGCCUGCGCCAUGCAGGCGGGGGACACCUGCAACGAGGCGGACGUGUGCGACCACCACAAAGGCCUGUACUGCGACUACAGCGCGGACAAGCCGAGGUACGAGAAAGGAGUGUGUGCAUACAUGGUGGGCACAGGCUGCGAGCACAACGGGGUGAUCUACCGGAACGGACAGAGCUUCCAGCCCAGCUGUAAAUACCAGUGCCUGUGCGUGAGCGGAGCCAUCGGCUGCGUGUCCCUGUGUGCAGACUCCCAGCCCCCGCGGGUGUGGUGCCCCUCGCCCAGGAGGGUGAAGCUGAGGGACCGCUGCUGUGAGCAGUGGAUCUGUGACGAGCCCAGGAAGAUCCGCAAGGCCAUGCCCCGGCACGCCGUGGAAGUUUCCGCGAGUGACAAUGAAGUCUGGCACAAGAACUGCGUGACCCAGACUACGUCCUGGAGCCCCUGCUCUAAGACCUGUGACCGGGGGCUGUCCAUGCGCAUCUCCAAUGACAACAGCCAGUGUGAAAUGGUGAAGGAGACUCGUCUGUGCAACCUACGCCCCUGCGACAUCGACAUUACCAAGCACAUCAAGCCAGGAAAGAAAUGUCUGAAUAUUUACAGAGAGGAACAGAGCCAGAAUUUCACCAUAUCCGGUUGUGUGAGUACCAGGCCGUACAGGCCAAAGUACUGCGGGGUCUGCACAGAUGAACGCUGCUGCAUCCCCUACAAGUCCAAGACCGUCCAGGUGGACUUCCGCUGCCCCAACGGAGCCCUGCUCUCCUGGCAGGUCAUGUGGAUCAACGCCUGCUUCUGCAACCUCAGCUGCCGCAACCCCAACAACAUCUUCGCCGACCUGGAGCGUUACUAUGACUACCCCGGGAUUGUCAAUUAAGACAAACUUGUUCUGCCCCGUGUUUCAUUGACCCUAACUGCAAUCCAAAUAGAUCCCUCAGUCCGUUUUCUCUCCCAAAGAGCUUUUUUUUUUACUUCAACUGAUGAUUGGUAGUUUAAAGUUCAUGUCCUUUAAAUUAGUUUCCUUUUAAUUAUUUUCUUUUGGAAAAAAAGGGUUGCACAUCUGUCAUCCGUAAAAUAUUAUUUUUCCUAUUGGAAAUGAAAUUAGAUAUAUUACAAUUCAUUAAAUUGUAAUGAGCAGAAAUAAUGUUAUGUUAAUUGAAGUACAAAACAAUUGUACUAGAUUCAUAACAAAAAAAGACUCACAGUUAUGUUAUAAUUUGACUUUUUCUGUUGCAAAACCACGAAAAAACAAAAGAUAAUUUAAAAAAACCCCUAAAAAUAAAGAAUUACAACAAACAAUAAAUAAAAUGAAUGCAUUGAAAUAUGGCCUUAGGUAGUGUCGUGUAUAUAAUUUGAGUGGAUAACAAACAUGUUUUGGGACUCUCUAGUAUCCCCAGUUAAUGAGGUUGGACCAUACAAGAGUGAAAUUUCAGUUGUUCAGUACUAAAGUUGACUCAAGUGUCAUUUUUGCACAAACCAUUUGAGUUGCCAACUUCAUGAAUUCUGCUCACCAAGACGAUAUUUGACAUGCUCAUAUAUGUGGCUUUGUUCAGUUAGUGUAACAUAAACAUGCCUCUGACUGUCACCCACAUUAUUGGUAUAUUGGUGCUUAAUCUCAUAUAGUACAGGAGACUCUUUAGGAAAACAAUGCUGGGUAGUUAUUUGCGUAAUUUGCUGGGUAGUUAUUUUUGCCAGAUAUGCUCAGUGUAGAUGUAAUUGAGCUUAUGAUAUGAAAUUAUUAUAUUAAAUUGGAAAUAUAUAUAUUUUAGAUGAGAUGAAGAACAGGGGUCAGAUUUAGAUUGGGUCCCUUGUCAGGUGCUGUAUUCAUAGGCCUCAUCCCUGUGACACUUCAAGUCCUCAAGUGCUUAGUACUGCACCUUUAUGUUUCUAGAGGUUGUAUAUACGUAUUAACAAAUGAAUUUGAUAGUAUUUAUUCACAAUUAAAAAUGAUUAUCAGUU